AUGCGCCAAACGAUGAGGCUUGACGUCGGCCUAGUGACAGGCCUGGCUGCCUUCUCGGGGCUGGCUGAGGCGUUUUGGCGUCUCCCAUGCCGUGGAAGAGCUGGUUUGGCCCGUCUUGAUCCCCUUAUGGACCCCGGAAAGGAUUCGUACCAUGUGCAUGCAAUCCAUGGACCGGACACCUUCGCCAUGACCGCCGAUAUGGAUUCCCUGAGGGAUGGCAGCUGCACUUCAUGCGCAGUCACCCAGGACAAGUCGGCAUACUGGCACCCCGCUCUUUACUUCAUGCACGAGAAUGGCGAUACUGAAAUUGUCGAUCAAGUGGGAGGCAUGCUUGCCUACUACCUCCUUUACGGAGACAACGUGACCGCAUUCCCAGAGGGCUUCCGCAUGAUCGCCGGUGACACCUACAAGCGCGACUUUAAAUGGCCUAUUCCCGAUCCUCCCACGUCUGAAUGGUCUGGAGAACAGGAAUCGCAAGCUGCUCUUCGCCAGAAGGCGAUCGGCUUCAACUGCUUGAACUACAACAAAGCAGCCGAACCCUCGCUCGGUCGACACUUCUUGCCUAACAAGACCUACCUUGACGAGCACUGCACCGAUGGUGUUCGUUUUGAAAUCAUGUUCCCCUCUUGCUGGAAUGGCAAGGAUGUCGACGCUGAUGAUCACAAGUCACAUGUCGCCUACCCCUCUACGGUGAUGGAUGGAACAUGCCCCGAGGGCUACGACACUCGUGUCGUUUCUCUUUUCUUCGAGACCAUUUGGAAUACUUACGCUUUCAAGGAUAAGAAGGGCACAUUCGUAAUUGCUAAUGGCGACCCGACUGGCUUCGGUUACCACGCAGACUUUAUUCAUGGCUGGGAGUCUGGUGUCCUGGAACAAGCAGUGAAAAAGUGUACCAAUCUUUCCGGCCGUGUUGAAGAUUGCGAUGUGUUCGACAUCCAGACCGAGGCCGAGCAACGGAAGUGCAAGUUUGAGGUUCCGACUCUUCUGAAGAAUGAGGAUGUUUACUCUCACAAGGGUGGCCUUCCCAACGACCUCGUCGUCGAGUAUGGACCCGCCUAUGCGAGCCCCAUUUCUUACACUACAGCCACGGCCACUCAAGCUCCCGGUGUCUCGGUGUCAGCCUCGGCAUCUGUGUCGAUCGGGUUAUCCAUCAACUUGCCGGGCAUCGUAGCUGUCGAAACUUCCACCAGCUCUACUACGACACCCACAUGGACACCUACCCCAACAACCUCUUAUAUCGAAGGCGAUGUUACCCAGGCGAUUGUUUACGUCGAACGGGAGGUUACUGUUCUGGUGGAUGGACAGGGCAAUCCUCUUACAACGCAGACCGGAGGCCUUGAGACCGUUUCCACUGUCAUGUCGACUACCACCAGCAUCAUCUCUACUGUUGUCACCACGCCAACCGCUCCCCCUUCCAAGAGAGACCUGCAUGAGCACAAACAUGCUCAUGGACAUCAUCGCCAUGGCCACCACUAA